GCCACGCGGGCCUGCGACGCCUCCGACCCGCGGCGGGCACACCCCGCUGCCCUCCUGACGGCGACAGGAGGCACGGCGGGGCCCCUCUGCUGGCGCUCCGACUCGCUGGUGCGGGUGCCUCUCAACGUGACCCUCACGGUGCCCUUGGGCAAGGCUUUCGAGCUGGUCUUCGUGAGUCUCCGCUUCUGUUCGCGGCCCCCAGCCUCGGUGGCCCUGCUCAAGUCACAGGAUCAUGGCCGCAGCUGGGCCCCACUUGGCUUCUUCUCCUCACUCUGCGGCCUAGACUACGGUCGCCUGCCCAUCCCUGCCACUGGCCCGGCAGGACCCGGGCCUGAGGCCUUGUGCUUCCCAGAACCCCAGGCCCAGCAGGAUGGUGGCGGCCUCCUGGCCUUCAGUGUCCAGGAUGGCAGCCCGCCAGGCCUGGAUCUGGACAGCAGCCCAGUGCUCCAGGACUGGGUGACCGCCACAGACAUCCGCGUGGUACUCACCAGGCCUGCCAUGCUGGAGGACACCAGGGACUCCGAGGCUGUGGUCCCUUAUGCCUACUCAGCCACUGAGCUCCAGGUGGGCGGGCGCUGCAAAUGUAAUGGGCACGCCUCGAGGUGCCUGCUGGACGCCCAGAGCCGCCUGGUCUGUGACUGCCGGCACGGCACUGAGGGCCCCGACUGCGGCCGCUGCAAACCCUUCUACUGCGACAGGCCGUGGCAGCGGGCCACCGCCAGGGAAGCCCACGCCUGCCUUGCCUGCUCCUGCAAUGGUCACACCCACCGCUGCCGCUUCAACAUGGAGUUGUACCGCCUGUCUGGUCGUCGAAGUGGGGGCGUCUGCCUGAACUGCCGGCACAACACCGCAGGCCGGCACUGCCACUACUGCAGGGAGGGCUUCUACAGAGACUCGGGCCGUGCCCUGAGUGACCGCCGCGUGUGCAGGGCCUGUGACUGUCACCCGGUUGGGGCUGCCGGCAAAACCUGCAACCAGACCACAGGCCAGUGUCCCUGCAAGGACGGUGUCACGGGCCUCACCUGCAACCGCUGUGCCCCGGGCUUCCAGCAGAGCCGUUCUCCUGUGGCGCCCUGCGUCAAGACACCUGCCACCGGGCCCACUGAAGAGAGCAGCCCUGUAGAGCCCCAGGACUGCGAUGCCCACUGCAAACCCACCCCGGGCAGCUACCGCAUCAGCCUGAAGAAGUUUUGCCGGAAGGAUUAUGCCGUGCAGGUGGCUGUGGGCGCGCGCGGUGAGGCGCACGGCGCGUGGACGCGCUUCCCGGUGGCUGUGCUCGCUGUGUUCCGGAGCGGCGAGGAGCGCGCGCGGCGCGGGAGCAGCGCGCUGGAGCGCCCUGACCUCCGCAAGAAGCACUGUGGCUACCAUAGACGCCUGUGGACCCCCGUGGGGUUCGGUGACCUGGCCCACCACUUCCCGAACAGUAAUCCCCCCACCCUCUGCCAGGUCCCGCAGAGCGCGCUAUGCCUCCUCCCCAGCGCGGAUCGCCGCCUGUGUCCACUGCGCGCGGUAUCUGGUGCCACGUCCGUCCUGGCCUGGCCCGCCCAGCCUGUCACCUGUCUGCCUGUCACCGUCUCUGCCGUUGGGGACCGAACGUCGCGCCCACGCGGACGCCCAGUCACAGGUGCAUGCGUGACCGGCCGGAGGGCGACUCCAGCGGACAGCUGUCGUCGCGUCCCGACUGCUGACGCCCCAGCCCUUGCCCUCAGCGGGACCGCGCAGGCCACUGCCCCACGUAACUCGCGCCGCGGGAGACAGCGCGCGAGCCCCCACGCCUCCGCUGGGGAUGCGGUGCUCCGCCGGCGCAUGCUCCCCGGCGGUCUCCGCUAG